AUGUUCGCUCGCCUUUCUGUUUUGGCGACGGCCCUUUUUGCCGCGGUCGUGGCCGCGUCUAACGUCAUAGAACUGAACCCCGAUAACUUUGACGACUUCAUCGGGAAGGGGAAGCCUGCACUCGUUGAAUUUUUUACUCCCUGGUGCGGUCAUUGCAAGAAACUUGCACCAGUAUAUGAGGAGCUAGCAAAUGCUUAUGCACAUGCGAAGGACAAAGUAGUUAUCGCUAAAGUAGAGGCAGAUGGUGUCGGUAAGCCUCUGGGCAAGCAAUACGGCGUCACUGGCUAUCCUACUCUCAAAUGGUUCAACGUCGAUGGUGGUGAGUCCGAAAUAUACGAGGGCGCGCGAAAUUUGGAGGCUCUCGCUACAUUCGUUACUCAGAGAUCCGGUGUCAAGUCAAAAAUAAAGGACCCGCCUCCAGGUGCUACUCCCACCUUAGAUGCUCACACUUUCGAUGAAGUGGUUAUGGUGAGAACGUACUCUGAACUGUGA